AGCUCCUUUCAGCUCCUCCAUCUGCACCGCGGAGCUGGACGGACCAGCCACAAUGUGGAGAGCACUACUUAAACUCCUUCUCCUCUUCCUAUGUUGGGGUGGAUGGUGCCAUGCUGAGGGAUGUGACGUGGGGCAGUUCCGCUGCGGGACAGGUCGGUGUAUACCAGGUGACUGGCACUGUGACGGGACAUCGGAUUGUGUCGAUGACUCCGACGAACAGGGCUGCCCUCAGGUAACAUGUGAUAACAGCCAUUUCCAGUGUCUGAGUGACGGCGAGUGCAUCCCAGAAGUGUGGGUGUGCGACAACGAGGAAGACUGCGAGGAUGGCUCAGAUGAGAGGCAGCACUGCCCUGGCAGGACGUGCACCAGUGGCCAGUUCAGCUGCAGUAACGGGGCGUGCAUCCCUGCAGAAUAUCGAUGUGACCAUCAGGCAGAUUGUCUAGAUGGAUCUGAUGAGAGAAACUGCAAUUACCCACAGUGUACCCAGAUGAGGUGUGCUAAUGGGGCCUGCUACAAUCGAACGCAGCGAUGUGACCAUAUUCUUGACUGCCGUGAUGGUUCUGAUGAAGCAAACUGCACACAGCACUGCAAUCCAGGCUUGUUUCAAUGUCGUAAUGGAUUGUGUGUUCCUCAGCAAUAUGUCUGUGACCAUGAUGAUGACUGUGGAGAUAGAAGCGAUGAGCUAAACUGCACGUAUCCCACAUGUAGAGGGAACUACUUCACGUGCCCCAGUGGUCGCUGUAUCCACCAAGUGUGGCUUUGUGAUGGAGAGGAUGACUGUGAGGACAACGCAGAUGAAAAAGGCUGUAGCAACGUACCACGGGAGUGUUACCCAGGGGAAUGGCCCUGUCCUUCCUCAGGCCUGUGUAUUCCCAUGGAUAAGCUGUGCGAUGGAAAGGCAGACUGCCCCGAGGGAGAGGACGAAACAAACACCACUGCUGGACGCAACUGCAGUAUCUGGAAAUGUGCAUCUUUGAGCUGUGAGCAUCACUGUCAUACUUCCCCUGAUGGAGGAACUUGCUCCUGUCCUUCUGGAUACAUUGUCAGCAGUAAUGACAGUCGGUCAUGCAUAGAUUUUGAUGACUGCACCAUGUGGGGCGUGUGCGAUCAGCUGUGUGAGGACCGGAUUGGCUCCCAUCGCUGCAGCUGUCGAGAGGGCUACAUUUUGGAGCAGCAUAGGUACUGCAGAGCUGACGCCUCAACUGGUGUUCCUUCCAUAAUUUUUUCUAACGGAAGAGACCUGGUAAUAGGUGACAUCCAUGGCAACAGCCUACGUACUUUGAUUACUUCUCAGAACAGAGGGGUUGCAGUGGGGGUGGACUACCAUUAUAAUUUCCAAAUGAUCUUCUGGACUGAUACCAUCCAAAAUAAGGUCUUUUCUGUGCAUAUGGAUGGGUCCAAUGUGCAGGUGGUUUUAAAUGUAUCAGUUGACUACCCUGAGAAUUUGGCGGUGGACUGGGUGAACAAUAAACUGUAUGUGGUGGAGGCCAGCGUCAACAGGAUUGACAUGGUGGACUUUGAUGGAAGUAACCGAGUUACGCUCAUCACUGAAAACCUGGGAAACCCUAGAGGACUGGCGGUGGACCCCACUGUUGGAUAUAUGUUUUUCUCAGACUGGGAGGCAGCAAAUGGACAACCAGGCCUUGAGCGGGCCUUCAUGGAUGGAACCAACCGCUAUGGGAUUAUUGGCAGUAAACUAGGCUGGCCUGCUGGCAUCACCCUUGACAUAGAGUCCAAGCGCAUCUAUUGGGUUGACAGUCGUUAUGACUACAUUGAAACUGCAACAUACGAUGGUCUGCAUCGAAAAACUGUUGCUCAUGGAGGUGCUGUGGUCCCACACCCAUUUGGGAUCAGUUUGUUUGAGCACAAUGUCUAUUUCACGGACUGGACCAAGAUGGCUGUGAUAAAAGCAAACAAGUUCAUUGACAAUCAACCUCAAGUGAUUUACACAACAUCUCAGACCCCACAUGGAGUAGCAGUGAUACACCGACUGAAACAACCUCAAGUGCCAAACCCUUGCAGUGUAGACAGAGGUGGAUGUGAGCAAAUCUGUGUUUUAAGUCACAGGAGUGACAAUGGAGGUCUUGGAUACCGUUGCAAAUGUCGCUUGGGUUAUGAUCUACAUGCUGAUGGCAAACGAUGUAUGGCUGUGAGGCAGUUUCUGCUGUUCUCCAGCCAGCUGGCUGUGAGGGGAAUCCCCUUUAACCUCUCCUCUCAGGAGGACGUCAUCCUGCCCAUCACUGGAUCGCCCUCCUACUUUGUCGGAGUGGAUUUUAGCGCUGAGGAUGAUGCUAUCUUCUUCUCAGACACAGCAAAAGAUAUUAUCUACAAACAGAGAGUGGAUGGAACAGGCAGGGAGAUCCUGGCAGCCAACAGAGUGGACGGAGUGGAGGACCUGGCUUACGACUGGAUUUCAAAAAACCUGUACUGGACUGACCCUCGAUACAGGAGCAUAUCUGUCAUGAGGCUUGCUGAUAAAUCCAGGAGGGCCAUUAUACGUAACCUGAACAACCCAAGGGCCAUUGUGGUGCACCCUCUAAUUGGGUAUAUUUUUUGGACUGAUUGGUACCGGCCUGCGAAGAUUAUGAGGGCUUGGUGUGACGGGUCACAUGCUGUGUCUAUUGUAAACACCACUCUUGGCUGGCCAAAUGGCUUAGCCAUUGACUGGAGCUCAAUGCGUCUUUACUGGGUGGAUGCAUUCUUUGACAAAAUAGAGCACAGCAAUUUUCAUGGACAAAACAGGCUUUCUUUGGAUCGUAUAACCCAGAUCUCCCAUCCAUUUGGCCUCACCAUUUUUGAAGGCUAUGCAUAUUUCACUGACUGGCGACUGGGUGGCAUUGUGCGUGUGCGCAAGACUGAUGGUGGGGAGAUGGUCAUUAUCCGAAGAGGAAUCAGCCACAUCAUGCAUGUCAAGUCUUUCAACUCCAACUCUCAGAUCGGUUCCAACCUCUGCAACAGGCCAACAAAUCCUAAUGGAGACUGCAGCCACUUCUGCUUCCCAGCCCCAGACUCACAGAGAGUGUGUGGCUGCCCAUAUGGCAUGAAGCUGUCGCCAAACCAGCAGACGUGUGUUGAGGACCCUUCCAACGAGCCCCCCACGUUGCAGUGUGGAGCCAACUCUUUCUCCUGUGGCAACGGCAAAUGCGUUCCGCACAGCUACAGAUGCGAUGGUGUUGAUGACUGUCAUGACAACAGCGAUGAAGCCAACUGUGCAAUGAACAACAACACUUGUUCCCCCUCUGCCUUCACAUGUGCCAAUCAGCGCUGUGUGCCUUCAGGAUGGCGAUGUGAUGGGCACAAUGACUGUUUUGAUAACAGCGAUGAGACUAAUUGCCCUACACAAUUGCCUGGAACGUGCCCUGCCAACCAGUUCACCUGUGUCAACCACCGGUGUAUCCCACUCACCUGGCGUUGUGAUACAGAUAACGACUGUGGGGAUGGUUCAGAUGAAGCAGACUGCCAUCUAGGAGGUACAUGUCAUCCAGGACAGUUUCAGUGUCCAGAUCAUCGCUGUAUAGAUCCUAACUAUGUUUGUGAUGGAGACAGAGACUGUGUGGAUGGAGCAGAUGAACAGGGGUGCAUCUACAACUGCACUGUGAGCGAGUUCAAGUGUGCCAGUGGUCACCAGUGCAUCAACUCCUUCUAUCGGUGUGAUGGAGUCUUUGACUGCAGCGAUCGCUCUGAUGAACGGAACUGUCCCACUAGGCCUCCAGGGAUGUGCCACCAUGAGAGUGAAUUUCAGUGCCAGUCCGAUGGGAGCUGUAUUCCGUCUAUGUGGGAGUGCGAUGGCCAUCCAGACUGCCAGGAUGGCAGCGAUGAACACCACGCCUGCCCGCCUCGUACCUGCCCUUCCUCAUUCUUCCGCUGCGAUAAUGGAAAUUGUGUGUUACGCAGUUGGCUUUGCGACGGCGACAACGACUGCAGGGACAUGAGCGAUGAAAGAGACUGUCCCUCACCACCUUUCCGGUGUCCAAGCUGGCAGUGGCAGUGUCCCGGCCACAGUGUUUGCAUCAAUCUCACCACAGUGUGUGACAACACGCCUGACUGCCCGAAUGGUGCUGAUGAGUCUCCACUUUGCAAUCAGGAGAGUUGCUCUGAUAACAAUGCUGGCUGCACACAUGGUUGUAUCCAGGGGCCAUUUGGGGCUCAGUGCACAUGCCCUGUGGGCUAUCAACUCAGCAAUGACUCUAAAACAUGUGAAGAUAUUGACGAGUGUAAUCCCCCAGGACUUUGCAGUCAGCACUGCUUUAAUGAAAAAGGGUCUUUCCGCUGUCACUGCCAGGAUGGUUACGCUCUUGAAGCAGACCAACGUACCUGCAAAGCAUCAGAUUUGAGGCAGGCGCUCCUGCUUGUGGCCAGUCGAAACCAGAUUGUGCAAGACGACAUAACCACUCAACCUAAUGUAGUCCGGUCACUGAUUCGAGAUGGACGCAACAUUGUGGCCCUUGAUUUUGACUCUGUCUCUGAUCGCGUGUACUGGUCUGACACAAGCCAGGACAGAAUCUGGAGUUGUCACAAGAAUGGCACUAAUAGAACUGUGGUAUUUGACAGUGGAGUGACUGUGACAGAAAGCCUUGCUGUGGACUGGGUGGGCAGGAACUUGUACUGGACUGAUUACGUCCUAGAAACAAUUGAAGUGUCUAAACUGGACGGCAGCCACAGGACUGUAUUAGUCAGUGAAAAUGUCACCAAUCCUCGAGGUCUCGUGCUGGACCCUAGAGAGAGUGCUCACUUGAUGUUUUGGACUGACUGGGGGAGGAACCCUCGCAUUGAGCGGGCAAGCAUGGAUGGGAAGCUGAGGACAGUGAUCAUAGCCAGCAAACUGUACUGGCCCAAUGGUCUAACCAUAGACUAUCCAAAUAAUUUACUGUAUUUUGCUGAUGCUUACUUGGAUUUUAUUGACUACUGUGAUUACAAUGGCAACAACAGGAAACAAGUUCUUGCCAGUGACCUGGUACUGCAACAUCCCCACGCAAUUACCAUUUUUGAGGAUUUUGUCUAUUGGACCGACAGAUACAUCAACCGAGUGAUGCGAGCUCAUAAGUGGCAUGGGGAGAACCAGACAGUGAUGCUCUUCAACCUGCCUCAGCCCAUGGGUCUGGUAGCAGUACACCCAGCCAGGCAGCCAUCAGGACAGAACCAUUGCUUGAGGAGUCCUUGUACACAUAUCUGUCUACUUUCUGCUGUGGGACCAAGAUAUUAUUCAUGUGCCUGCCCCUCAGGCUGGACUCUGGCAGCCAACGAAUUCACCUGCACCAGAGUUGAAGACCCUUUUCUGGUGGUUGUGAGAGACAGUAUCAUCUACGGCAUUCCUUUAAACCCAGAAGAUAAGAGCAACGAUGCUAUGGUUCCUGUGGCUGGUCUUCACAAUGGUUAUGAUGUUGACUUUGAUGAUAAUGAACAGACCAUCUACUGGGUGGAACACCCAGGGGAAAUCCACAGGGUGAAAUCAGAUGGUACUAACAGGACAGAGUUUGCCCCUGCAGCCAUUCUUGGCUCCCCUGUUGGCCUGGCUUUGGACUGGAUAACUGAGAAUCUGUAUUACACCAAUCCAGCUACACAGUCUAUUGAGAUUUUAAAGUUGAGAGGCGAGGUACAGUACCGGAAAACUCUAAUCACUAAUAAUGGUUUGCCGACUGGAGCUGGCAGUCCUGUUGGGAUUGCAGUAGAUCCAGCACGUGGCAAACUGUACUGGACAGACCAAGGAACAGAGAGUGGUAUCCCUGCUAAGGUUGCGUCUGCAGACAUGGAUGGCACGAAUCCAGUGAACCUGUUCACCCACAACCUGGAUCACAUAGAGUUCCUCACUGUGGACAUCAAAGAAAACAAGCUGUACUGGGCUGUAACAAGCACUGGCAAAAUUGAACGGGGUGAUGCAGAUGGAAGUAAUCGCGUCACCAUCGUGACAGGUCUGUCUCAUCCUUGGGGUGUGGCUGUUUAUCAGAGUUACCUGUACUUCACUGACCGUGACUUUGAGGUCAUAGAGCGUGUGGACAAGUCCACUGGUGCCAACAAGGUUGUGCUGAGAGACAACGUAUCUGGACUUAGAGUCCUAAAAGUUCAUUUUCGAGAACAAUCUGCAGGUACAUCUAAUGGCUGUGGUGACAAUGUGGGAAUGUGUGCACAGCUCUGUUUGCCACGACCACAAGGCCUUUUUACAUGUGCAUGCACAACAGGUUUUAAACUCAAUACUGACAACCGGACCUGUACUCCUUACCAGUCCUAUGUUGUCGUCUCUACUCUGUCUGCCAUUAAAGGCUUCAGUCUGGAAGGGUCUGACCACUCUGAUGCCAUGGUCCCUGUGGCUGGGAGAGGCCGUAAUGCACUCCACAUUGAUGUGCACAUGGCUUCUGGUUUCUUAUACUGGUGUGAUUUCAGCAGCACAAUGGCAAUACAAAACGGGGUCCGACGUAUAAAGCCUGAUGGCUCAGGAUUACAUAGUGUAGUUACAUCUGGAAUUGGUCGCAAUGGAAUUCGAGGCAUUGCUGUGGACUGGGCUGCAGGCAAUUUGUAUUUUACCAAUGCCUUCCUGACUGAGACCUACAUUGAGGUACUUCGCUUGAACACCACUUUCCGCAGGGUGCUGUUGAAGACCCAGGUAGAUAUGCCUCGCCACCUUGUUGUAGACCCCAGAAAUAGAUACCUGUACUGGGCCGAUUAUGGUCAGACCCCCAAAAUUGAAAGAGCACUUUUGGAUGGAACCAACCGCACAAUUUUAGUGUCUUCCGGGAUUAUUACCCCACGAGGCCUUGCUCUGGACUGGCGAACUGGCUAUGUGUACUGGGUGGAUGACUCUCUGGAUAUGAUUGCUCGAAUCAACCCCCAUGGAGGGGAGACAGAGAUUGUCAGGUUUGGCAGUCGCUACCCAACUCCUUAUGGAAUUACAGUGUUUGAAAAUAGCAUCAUAUGGGUGGACAGAAACCUUAAGAAGGUUUUCCAAGCGAGCAAAGAGCCAGGCAACACAGAGCCACCUGCUGUCAUUAGAGACAAUAUCAACAUGCUGAGGGAUGUAACUAUCUUUGACCAGCGAACUCAGCCCACCAGUGUCCAAGACUUGAACUACAACCCCUGCAUGGAAACCAACGGAGGCUGUGCCCACUUCUGCUUUGCCCUUCCAGGCUCUAGCACAGGCAUGCAGAAUAAAAAGUGCAGCUGUGCUUUUGGGGAUCUCGCAGAAGAUAAAGAGAGCUGUGAGAUGUCAAAGGAUGAUUACCUCAUCUACACGACUGAGAGCACAGUGCGCAGCUUGCGACUUGAUCCUGAGGACCAUGCAGUACCCUUUCCUGUUGUCAACGUGCCUCGUACAUCAGUGGCCCUGGAUUUUGACCUUGUAGACAAUAGGGUAUACUUCACACAAAGCUCAGGAGCAGGAGCAAGCAAGAUCAGCUACAUCAGCUUGCCCUUUCCCACUUCACCUCCUGUUGUUGUGGCUUCAGAUCUUGGGGCUCCUGAUGGAGUUGCCUAUGACUGGAUAAACAAACGUAUUUACUACAGUGACUUUGUAAACCAAAGCAUCAGUUCUAUGUCUGUGGAUGGCGCUCAAAGAACUAUAAUUGCACAUGUCUCCAGACCAAGGGCCAUCAUGUUGGAUCCCUGCCGAGGAUACAUGUAUUGGACAGAUUGGGGAAUCCAUGCAAAAAUUGAGCGAGCCACAUUGGGUGGAAACUUUCGAACUGAGAUUGUGAAUAGCAGUCUGGUGUGGCCAAAUGGUCUGACUCUGGACUAUGAGGAUGAGAGGCUUUAUUGGGCAGAUGCCAGCUUACAGAAGAUUGAGCGGUCCUCUCUUACGGGAUCCAACCGUGAAGUCAUUGUCAGCACAGCCAUUUACCCAUUUGCAAUGACCAUGUUUGGUCAAUUUAUUUAUUGGACUGACUGGAAUACCCUCAGUAUCUAUCGGGCUAAUAAGCAUGAUGGCUCUGGCCUAAGGGUUAUGAUUCAGAACCUUCCAUCUCGACCAAUGGACAUCCAUGUUUUGGCCAGCAGGAAGCAGCAGCAGUGUGAUAGUCCCUGCCAGCAGUUCAAUGGAGGUUGCAGCCACAUCUGCACACCAGGACCAAAUGGAGCUGAGUGUCAGUGUCCAGCAGAGGGUCGCUGGUAUUUAGCUGACAAUAAGUAUUGCAUCCCUGACAAUGGGACUCGCUGCCAGCCAGGCCAGUUCACCUGUAUGAACGGCCGCUGCAUUCGAGCCCAAUGGAUAUGCGACAAUGACAAUGACUGUGCAGAUGGCAGUGAUGAGUUGGAAAGAGUCUGUGCCUUCCACACCUGUGAGCCCACAGUGUUUACUUGUGGUAAUGGGAGAUGUGUUCCCUACCACUACCGCUGUGACCAUUAUGAUGAUUGUGGAGACAAUAGUGAUGAAGUGGGCUGCCUCUUCAGACCCUGUGACCCCAACUCAGAGUUCACCUGUAACAAUGGGCGUUGCAUCGCAAAGGACUAUGUUUGCAAUGGCAUUAACAACUGCUAUGACAAUGGGACCUCCGAUGAGCAGAACUGCCCGGAGAGAACCUGUCAGCCAGAGCAAACAAAAUGUCAGUCUACAAAUAUCUGUAUCCCGCGUUCAUACCUGUGUGAUGGAGACAACGACUGUGGGGAUAUGAGCGAUGAGAGCCCAACACACUGUGCUACAUCCACUUGCUCCCAGAGUGAAUUUCGUUGCUCCAGUGGCCGCUGCAUCCCCGCCCACUGGUACUGUGAUGGAGGGUCCGACUGCUCUGAUGGCUCUGAUGAACCCCACUCCUGCACCUUGAUGGCCAGAACCUGCAACACAGAUCAGUUCCGCUGUGAUGACGGCAGGUGCAUCGCCUCAUCGUGGAUUUGUGAUGGGGACAAUGACUGUGGUGACAUGAGCGAUGAAGACCAGAGGCACAACUGUGCCAAUCGUACGUGCUCAAGUGCAGAGUUCACUUGUGUGAACAACCGACCGCCUCAGCGGAAAUGUAUUCCACGUGACUGGGUUUGUGAUGGAGAUGCAGACUGCGCAGACGCAUUUGAUGAGCAUCAGAACUGUACGCACAGAUCCUGUGGCAUCAAUGAGUUCACCUGUAGUAAUGGUCUCUGCAUACGCAGCUCCUACAGGUGUGAUCGUCGCAAUGACUGUGGAGACAGCAGUGAUGAGCAGGGCUGCACCUACCAGCCCUGUCAGUCACACCAGUUCACCUGCCAGAACGGCCGCUGCGUGUCACGUGACUUUGUCUGCGACGGCGACAACGACUGUGGGGACGAGUCUGAUGAGCUUGAUCACAUGUGUCGUACUCCAGCUCCCACCUGCCCCCCUGGAGAGUUCAGGUGUGAAAAUGGACACUGUAUUUCGCUGAGCAAAGUGUGCGACAGGAAUGAUGACUGCUCCGACAACAGUGAUGAGAAAGGAUGCGGUAUUAAUGAAUGCACGGACCCGUUCAUUCACCACUGCGAUCACAACUGCACUGACACGCCCACCAGCUUCAUUUGCACCUGCCGUCCCGGCUACCGUCUCAUGUCUGACAGGAAAACAUGCGAUGAUAUCAACGAGUGUGCAGAGACACCGAGCGUGUGCAGUCAGAUCUGCGAAAACACUGUCGGAUCCUACAUGUGCAAGUGCUCUCCAGGAUUCCUCCGAGAGCCAGACGGACACAGCUGCCGUCAGAACAGCAACAUCUCGCCUUAUCUCAUCUUCAGCAACCGCUAUUAUCUCAGGAACCUGUCGACAAAUGGGCAGGCCUACUCCCUCAUUCUUCAGGGCCUGACCAGCGUGGUCGCGCUGGACUUCGAUCGCGUUGACAAGCGACUCUAUUGGGUUGAUGUAAACCGUAGAGUGAUAGAAAGGAUGUCGUUCAACGGCAGUAACAGGGAGGUUGUGGUUAAUGGAGUUCUGCACGGGGAGGGCCUUGCGGUUGACUGGGUAGCCAGGAAGCUGUACUGGGUGGACAGUUUUUUGGAUUGUCUCAAAGUGUCUGAACUAGAUGGUCGCUUUGUCAGGAAACUGGCUGAACACUGCGUUGAUGCCAACAACACUUUCUGCUUUGAAAACCCAAGAGGAAUUGUUCUGCAUCCCAAAUAUGGAUUUGUCUACUGGACAGACUGGGGAGAUAAAGCUUUUAUUGGUCGAGCUGGAAUGGAUGGAACCAACAAAACAGCGAUCAUCACCACAAAGCUCGAGUGGCCCAACGGUAUCACGAUCGACUACACAAACGACAAACUCUACUGGUCAGACGCCCACCUCAACUACAUUGAAUUCUCUGACUUGAACGGUCAGCACAGACACACAGUGUAUGAUGGGAAUUUACCCCAUCCAUUUGCACUGACUGUGUUUGAGGAUUUUGUAUACUGGACUGACUGGAACACACGCACAGUGGAGAAAGGCAACAAAUAUGACGGCUCUGGUCGUGAAGUUCUAGUUAACACCACGCACAGACCGUUUGACAUCCAUGUAUGCCAUCCUUACAGGCAGCCCAUUGUAAACAAUCCCUGUGCUCUGAACAAUGGGGGCUGCUCACACCUGUGCCUAAUCCGUCAUGGGGGGAGCGAACACACCUGUGAGUGCCCCGACCAUUUCCUGACUGUUCAAAUGGGAGGUGUGACCCGAUGCCUUCCCAUGUGCACCAGCACCCAGUACAGAUGUGCAAACAAUGAACGUUGUAUUCCUGUCUGGUGGAAGUGCGAUGGCCAGCGGGACUGCAGAGACGGCUCAGAUGAGCCCUCCACUUGCCCGACUCGCCACUGCAGACUUGGCCAAUUUCAGUGCAACGAUGGGAACUGCACCAGUUCACAUUUCCUUUGUAACAGCAACCGGGACUGUCCUGAUGGUUCGGAUGAAGAUGCUGUUCUGUGUGCUACACACCAAUGUGAAAGCCAUCAGUGGCAGUGUGCGAAUAAACGGUGCAUCCCUGAGCCAUGGCAGUGCGAUGGCGAGGAUGACUGUGGUGAUCAGUCUGACGAAGACCCUGCCCACUGCUCCACACGGACUUGUCACCCUGGACAGUUCAGGUGCCGCAACGGGCGCUGCAUCCCGCAGAGCUGGAAAUGUGACGUUGAUAAUGAUUGUGGUGACAAUUCAGAUGAACCACUAGAGGAAUGCAUGGGGCCAACAUAUCGAUGUGACAACCACACAGAAUUUGACUGCAAGACCAACUACCGCUGUGUGCCUCUGUGGUCUGUUUGCAACGGUCACAACGACUGCCGAGACGACAGCGACGAGCAGAGCUGCCAUGAAGUGAGCUGUGAUCCAACUGGAGAUUUCCGCUGCGACAACCAUCGCUGCAUCCCGCUGAGAUGGAAGUGCGAUGGCGACGAUGACUGUGGGGAUAACUCCGAUGAACGCAGCUGCACGCCACGCUCGUGCACUGAGAGUGAGUUUCGUUGUGACAAUCUGCGCUGCAUUCCCGACCGUUGGGUCUGUGACCAUGACAACGACUGUGAGGACAACUCGGAUGAAAGGGACUGCGAGCUGCGCACUUGUCACCCUGGCUACUUCCAGUGUGGGAGCGGGCACUGUAUCGCUGAACGUUUCAAAUGCGAUGGCAGUGCUGAUUGUUUGGACUACACGGAUGAGACGUCAUGUCCAACCCGCUUUCCCAACGGCACAUACUGCCCACCCUUCCUGUUUGAAUGCAAGAACCACAUUUGUGUCCAGCCCCACUGGAAAUGUGACGGAGACGACGACUGUGGAGACGACUCAGACGAGGAGCUGCACCUCUGCUUGGACAUCGAGUGCGAGGCUCCGUUUCGUUUCCGAUGCGACAAUAACCGCUGCAUCUACAGCCACGAGCUGUGCAACUCUGUUGAUGACUGUGGUGACGGCUCGGAUGAAAAACAGGAAAACUGUCAAAACCCCACGCACGGACCUUGUACAGACGAGGAGUAUAAAUGCAGUAACGGGCAGUGCAUCCCUCUUCAGUACGCCUGCGAUGAUUAUGAUGACUGUGGAGACGGGUCGGAUGAGCUGGGCUGCCACUCUGACAGUGGACACAGGUGCAGUGCAAACAUGUGUGAACACAACUGCACAGACCUGACAGGAGGCGGCUUCCUCUGCUCCUGCAGACCCGGCUACAGACCCAGAGACACACAACGACACACAUGUGAAGAUGUGAACGAGUGCGAGGUGUUCGGAACGUGUCCUCAGGACUGCAGGAACACGAAAGGCAGCUAUGAGUGUUUCUGCUCUGAAGGUUUUCUGUCUUAUGGUGAGCCACAUGGGACUGAGUGUGCCGCUCAAGGAAACCCUCCAGUGUUGCUUUUACCGGACAACGUUCGCAUCCGCCGCUUCAAUCUGUCCUCUGAGCAGUACUCAGAUUAUGUUGACAAUGCUGAGCACAUUCAAGCCUUGGACUACCUGUGGGAUCCAGAGGGUGAAGGCCUCAGUAUUGUUUAUUGGACAGUUCUUGGUCAAGGACCCCAGUUUGGCUCUAUCAAACGUGCCUACAUGACCACAUUUAAUGAUAACGGCAACAAUCCGGUGAAAGAGACAAAUCUGAACCUGCGGUAUAUUGUGAAACCUGAAGGCAUCGCCGUAGACUGGGUUGGCAGACAUAUUUACUGGACAGAUUCAGGGACCAAUCGUAUUGAAGUGGCCAAACUGGAUGGGCGUUACAGGAAGUGGCUGAUCCACACUGAUCUCGACCAGCCUGCCGCCAUUGUUGUGAAUCCAUCACUGGGGAUGAUGUACUGGACAGAUUGGGGAAACAAACCAAAGAUCGAGUCAGCGUGGAUGGAUGGUCAGCACAGAGAGGUGCUGGUGAAGGAGGAGGACCUGGGAUGGCCGACCGGGCUGGCUCUGGACUUUGUGAAUGGAAACAGAGUCUACUGGUGUGACUCCAAAGAAAACAUCAUAGAGUCCAUGAAGCCUGAUGGCACAGACAGGAAGAUUGUUAUAUCAGGAGAUCUUGGCCACCCCUACAGUCUGGAUGUCUUUGAGGGACAUGUGUACUGGACAACAAAAGACAAAGGUGAAGUGUGGAAGACAAACAAGUUUGGACGAGGACAUAAAGUCAAAGUCCUUACGAUCAACCCCUGGCUGACACAAGUUCGUCUUUACCAGGAGCACCGACACAAUCAGUCAGUGCCCAACCCCUGUAAGAAUGUGUGCAGUCACCUGUGCCUCCUCCGACCUGGUGGGUACACCUGCACCUGCCCACAAGGCUCUCCUCCAUCCAGUAUUGACUCAACAGAAUGUGAUGCAGCCAUUGAGCCUCCUGUUCCAAUGCCUCUUGCAUGCAGAUGCAUGAAUGGCGGAACCUGCUACACUGAUGAAGGAGGUCUGCCAAAGUGCAAAUGUCCUUACGGCUAUAUUGGUAGCUACUGUGAGAUUGGCAAAUCUAGAGGUGCUCCACCUGGAACAGCUGUUGCUGUUCUCCUGGCUGUUAUUAUCAUCCUGAUUACUGGAGCCUUGGCUGCCGGUGUUUUCCUCAAUUACAAACGAACAGGAUCUUUCAUUCCCUCCAUGCCUAAACUACCAAGCCUCAGCAGUCUGGUGAAGUCGGCUGACACCGGGAAUGGGGUUAUGUUUCGGUCUGGUGAUAAUGUGGAUCUCGGGCCAUCGCACAUUGGAGUGUCUGUUAUCGACACAGCCAUGCAGAUGGAUGAUAAUUUUGCCAUUGAUGCUGGGAGACAGCCAAUCACAUUUGAGAACCCGCUUUAUGCCACUGCUCCUCCUGUGUCCAGUGAUGCUGCUGUCAUUCAUGCCACACAGGUGACUGUUAACGUGAGUGGCGAUCAGCUGAAUAAUUUUGUGAACCCAGCAUAUCAUGGAGAUCAGAACGUGGACAUCAUUAGCACGUCUUCCGUUAGCAGCAACCCUGUUCAGGAGUCAAAGUGGAGUUUGUUCAAGCGAAAAUUAAAGCCGAGCACCACAUUUGAAAACCCUUCAUACUCAGAGAUGAAGGAUGAAAAGCCUGUUGGAAGCAGUGGGGACGCUUCUGCUCCGGAGCCGUCUCCGUUCGUCCCCGCCACCAAACCCCCAAAGAAGGAUCGUCCCAGCGCCUUCUCACCAACCGAGGACAGUUUUAAGGACACGGCCAACCUUGUUAAAGAGGACACCGACGUAUAACCCCUCUCUUGACGGACGGGAAUCGAAGAAACACACUUUGCACAGAAUUUAUUUUUUUUAUGCAGCCUGUGUACAAAACGUAAUUUGUUUAAAGACAGAUAAAAACAAUAUAAUGGAGGAAAAAAAGUCUUCUGUCGCAAUGCCUUCUGACAUUUCUUAUGCCAAUUUUGUGGUAAUGUUUUUUUUCUUUAUUAUGAUGUACAAUAUGUAUAUCUUUGCACUGAAGCUGUUGAUAGAAAUGUUAAUAUGUUGUAUAUUUGUAAAUUUUGGCCGUAAGAUUUUUUUUCAGAACAUAGUCUAGAUUUAAAUUUUUCAACAUAAACACACACUAUAACAAGUAUAAAAUGUGACCUGCAUAUUGAAUGUAUAUGAUCAGAGGUUACCGGAGAAAUAUGUUGAUAUUUGUGCCACCAGCUGAAGAUAUUUUUACUCCAUGUUGAAUAUACCUCAUUUCAGGGCUGACAAAUUAAAGCACAAUAAAAUAAAUCUGAUUUUAAACACAGACAUUUUAAGUCAUUUCUAGUCUACGUUAAGGAGGAACAUAAGCUGAUAUUGAUUCUGAUUUUGAUAUUGUUGCUGGCAAAACUAAAAUAGUACGAAACCGUACUUAAAUGUGUUGCCUGCAUUUGGACGUAAAGAUCUUGGACAAGCAACACAAGACUCAAAAGACGCAGAUGUAGACAUUUUUCUAAACAAACUGAAUGACUUCUUCACACACUGAUUUAUUUUGUAUCACGAGAACAAACUGCGCCUGUGAUCGUGCAGAACAAGCCCGUAUGAAUGAAACUGCUGCUGCUGAGACAUAAAUGAAUAAAUGUCCUAUUUUUUAACA